AUACCAUGUUUCUGUAUUUAGGGAAGUGGUAAUGUAACCUGCCUGAUGAUAACCUUCUGUUGUACUUACGAAUUCUCCAACGUUGACGAAUGGUAUUUAGAUGCCUAGCAAGCUAUCCAACGUUAUAUAAGGAUAUUUAUUGUAUCGCCAAUUUAGUUCGCUAAAUCAGUUUAAUUCCGGGGGAUUUUCCGUUGAUUUUGUUGCCGCUAUUUAGCAAGAUAGUGGCACUAGUUGCUAGUCACGCAUAAUUGCACUGCCAGAGCUAAUUCCUGAGUCAGUUCGUGUUUAGCUUGCCAGGUAGCUAUGUCUGAUAUUGUGAUAUUGGCUUUGAUAGUCUUGCUGCUCUUGAUUCUUCUUGUGACCAUUGUUGGGUUGGUAUUAUACUCGGGACUGCUGUCCAACGUCGACAUCCGGACGGGCUCCCCUCCAAUCAAGAAUAUAACAAUUGCCUACAAAUUCAGAGAGGGAUCCUACAAAGAGUGCGGGUCAACCUUCACCGAAAGUUGCAGUAUUGGACCAAAGCUUUGCUGCAUUGGAGUGUAUUAUGAUGACCCGAAAGAGGUGCCUGCUGAGAAAUGUCGCUGUGCAGUGGGUAAUAUCCUGAGUGAAGGAGAGGAGAAGCCUGAUGAGGAACUUGUGCGUCUGUACAAGAAGUUUGGCUUCAAGAUCUUCUCUUUCCCUGAGGUGGCACAUGUGGUCACCACCACUUUCCCCAACAGGACCCCUUUGUCCUGCUUAAUGGGGAUCUACAAGGUCUACCCCCAGAUGGAUAACUACAUCAAGGAGCGUGGGCUCAAUGCUGGUCCUUUCCUGGAGAUAUACCAGGAGGAGGAGAUCCAGUACAUCUGCCCCCUGGCAUGUCAGAAUGACUUCUUUGUUCCUGAGGCUUGUGAUAAGGCGAACGAGAAGUCUGAGGAAGACAGACAGAUGGAUAUUACAGCUGGGGCUCAUUCAGCAGGUGGGGAUUCAAACAGUGAAACCAGCCCAGUGAGUCAAAUGCUCCUGUCAGAGAGCCAGGAGACGUCACUGGCCCCUCCCACUGAGAUGACACUACCCGAACAUGAGCCCGAGGACGAAGGUUCCAUCAGCGACAAGAACUCGGCCAAGUCCGAGGACAGCGCCUCAUCCUUCGAGGAGCUGGAACUGGAGCUGGGGAAGGGACAGGAAGACAAAGACUGGCCACUUGCCAAGGAGGCCACCAGCAUGAUGCCAGACCUCCCGGCCAAUGAGCCGGCAGCCAUGGGAGAGGGAGAGGAGUAGGAGGAAGGCCUUGGGGAAAUGGGUGGACAUGAUCACAUGUUCAGGAUGAUAAGGGUUUCCUUCAUUUAUAUAAUUUCUUUUUUAAGAAUUAAGUGCAAAACUGUUAUUGAUUUCAUUUCUUUCAGCUUUAAAAAGUUGUCGGUUUUCCCUUAGUUGCGCUCCCGAUAGAAAGAAGAACCAAUUUGCCAACUGUUUCUGGAGUAAACAAGAUAACAGGAGAUGAGAGGAACAUUAAGGGUAAAAACUGAGCUACCAUUGCAACUAGCCAUUCAUUCAAAUGUUACCAAUGACAAAGUUAAACAGUAACUAUGCAAGAGGGAUAUUAUUGAAUGAAAGUAAUUAACAGUUAUAUGUGGAAAGAAAUAAAUGACCAUAACAGGUUAUUAUGGAAAGAGUGUUACUGUCCAUGACUGCUUUCUUAUUUUUUAUUUAUAUAUGAGGGUGCAGCUUUAUGCAGUAAAGUAAGAUUGACUCCCUGGUUAGUUAGUGUAGUAUAAAGUUGUAAUUUUUAUGUUGUCGAAUUAGUUCAUUUCUUUCUUUUUAUUUGUCUAUUUAAUAAAUAGUUCUCUGGCAUAUGUAAAAUGAACAGAAUGUUUAAAAAAUUAAUCAAGGGCUUUUAAAAUUUUUUCCUGCA